AUGGCUAUGACCAGCGUGUGCUUCUUCGUCUUCCUGUCGAACUACAUCACUGUCACCAUCUCACCCAUCCUAGUCUACGUCAUCCAAGACUUCCACGUCGACCUCACCAAAGGAAGCUGGCUGAUCACGUUCAAUCUGCUCUUCCUGGGUCUGGGCAAUCUCUUCUGGGUUCCCCUAUCGGAGGAAAUCGGCAAAAGACCAGUCCUUCUCAUGUGCUCGUGCCUAUUCUUCGUUUCGAGCAUCUGGUCCGCCGUUGCCAAGGGCUGGGGCUCGCUCUUCGCGGCGCGAAUCAUCCAGGGCUUUGCGGCUAGCUCCAGCGAGGCUCUCGGCCUGGCGGUCGUGGCAGAUCUCUACUUCCUGCACGAGCGAGGACUCUGGGUCGGCUUCUACACGCUCAUGUUCACAGUCGGCUCGUCCUUGGGCGGCGUCUUCGCCGGCUUCGUCGCCAAUGCCAAUCCGGACUGGCGCUGGGUGUUUUGGAUGAAUGUCAUCUUGACCGGAUUCUUGUUCCUCACCACGAUCCUGUUCCAAGCUGAGACUAAUUUCAAACGUCCGGCGGAGUACGAGUCUGGUGAAGGCUUGCUGCCGUCUGAGCUUGCCGCCAUUCGCGCUAGAGCGAACAGUAGCUGGAUCAAGUCCCUCGGCGUCACGGGUUGGUAUGAGAGGUAA